GCUUAGAUAUUGAGGCGGCCCGAAAAGAGGAGGAGCGGAUCAUGCUUAGGGACGCUCGGCAGUGGCUCAAUAGUGGUCAAAUCCAGGACACCCGGCAUGCAAAAUCUGGAGGCACGGCGCUUCAUGUAGCUGCUGCAAAAGGAUACGUGGAGGUUUUAAAGCUUUUAAUCCAAGCAGGGUAUGAUGUAAAUAUUAAGGACAAUGAUGGCUGGACUCCUCUACAUGCAGCAGCACACUGGGGCAAAGAGGAGGCGUGUAGGAUACUGGUGGAGAAUCUAUGUGACAUGGACAUUGUUAAUAAAAUGGGCCAGACCGCUUUAGAUGUAGCAGAUGAAGACGUUCUGGGAUACUUAGAAGAGCUACAAAAGAAACAAAAUCUGCUGAUGAAUGAGAAGAAAGAUGUUAAGAAAUCUCCUUUGAUUGAAACAACAACAACCACAGGGGACAACAACCAGUCACUACAACCACUCAAGAG